UUAUUCAUGUAGCAAAUAGGCGACAACUUGAAAAGUCAGGGUAUGGAUAUGGUUCAUUCAAGAAAUUAUGAUCGAGCUGUACAUUUACUGCAACUUGCUGAAAAUUAUUUCCGGCCACUUAAUAUUGGGGACCAAUCAAUGAAACCUCGUUGGUACGAAAGCUGGAAGUUAGUUAUUUUUACUUUCUGGUGUGGCAAAAUGUACGGGAGAGCUAUACAAGCAGGAAAGGAGUGGCAACAAAUGGAGCCGAUUACUAAUGAGGUAUAAUAUCCUUGUGUGGUUAAACAGGGAAAUUCCAACCAGGGUGUUUUUCGAGUGUACAGCAUUACCUUUUAGUGGUAACACAACUGUCAUUUACUUAUACACUGGCGACCACUGUACAUCAUCUUGACCACCGAUCCGUUUCCAUUCCGCAGUUAAUUCGCUUCAUUGCAUUGCAUUAACAUUUACUUUAGUUCCGUCAUGCUGCAGUAUAUGAUCUAAUUAGAUGCGCUCACAUUUUUCCAAAUUGAAUAAAAAAAUCCGGCACAUGUACAAUUGCAUGUUUGUCAGAGGAGCAAUGCUUUGUUGAUCCAGUCCAAGUCAGUGGCCAACAUGAUCGCUUCUCUUAAGUCCAUCAUUCAUGUGCGUCACAUACAUAACAAGCAUGUUCUAUUGAAAUGAACAAACACCAGACAGGGGAAAUUGUGACAUACUUAUUUUGUAUAAUGACAUCUUAUUCUAGAAAUUUUCUAGAAAUUAUAAUUUCUGUGGCUAGUCCAACGACUUGAUCAAAAUUCUAUCUAAUUAGACACUGCACGUGGAUAGUUACUACGAGCGAGAUACUAGAAAAUAGAAGCUUCAAGUAGUGACAACAUGGGAUUGUUUUUUGUCAUGUCUAAUAUAAUAGGAAGAAGCUAUUGGCUGGCGUGAUAAAGGAAAUGAAAUGUUUCACAUAGGAAAGUAUGGAAACGCUAUUGAUUGUUUCACUCUGUCAAUUCAGUACGCUUCUGUUCAUGAUGUAACAUUGGGGAUGUUAUACAGUAAUCGGUCACAUGCCUACUUUAAAAAGAAACAAUUUGAGAAAGCCAAAGAAGAUGCUGAGAAGUGUGUGAAGUAUCGUCCGAAUUGGUCAGAGGUAUGACAGAACAACUUCCCUCCUAGGUGUCUUCUCUUUGUUAAUAACACAAAUUGGGAAGGUGUCGUAGUACUAUAGGUUGUGUUGUGUGAAAAUAGCCAUUUUAGAAUAUCAUUGUUGACCUAUAAACCUAGUAUUUUUCUGAUAAUGGACAAAUUAUCCGAACGUUAACGUUAGUUUAUACCCAAUUCACAACUUUAGAUAACUCACGUGCACAUGCCUAGUUACUAUUGUUCCAGUUUACAGAAUAGAACAUUACCAUUAUCUAUCUCUACUCCUAUACACAACUCUUAAGGCCAUGUUACACGGUGCAAUUUAUCUUGCAACCUGCAAUGUAAUUCUACUUUUGAGAGAUGUAAAAUUGCCAAAUACGAGUCUUCAUUACACUCCGCUGAUUUUUCUCAACAUAUCGAAAAUUCUUCAGUGAUUUCACUAAUUAACAUCUCUCAAGAGUAGAAUUGCAUUGCAAGUUGCAAGAAAAAUCGCACAUGCAUGGCCGUUACACUUAGUUACCUUUGUUCUUUUCUAUGCUUCUGUAAACUAGAACAAUAGUAACUAUAGGCAUGUGAGUUUCUAAAUUUGUGAAUUGGCAAUUGCAUGUGUAGCAAUAUUGUGUAGAAAUAAUGUGUAGUAUAUUGUACCAUCUUUAUACUAAGAAAUAAUAUAUGACCAUUCAAGAUUCACCUUCAAAUGUGUUUGAUUUAUUGUUUUAGAGUUACUUGCGAUUAGGAUCUGCCAUUAUGGCACUGAACGAUAUCGACCACGCUCUGGAGGUUUUAAUGAGAGGGCUGACCAUGAACGAAACUGCAGAAAAAGUCAAGUACGACAUAGUUCACAAAAUUAUGACGCUAGCUUACAACUAUAAAGGUACAAUAUGGCACAUCAGGAUUUUGGGUAUCUCAGUCGAUAGAACUAAUUGUUAACGGUUUUGGAGAUGGAAAUUUCGAGCGUAAAUUGUAUACAUUUAUUAGACCUAUCCUAGCCUGCGAACAGGCUCUCAAGCUGAAUUGAGAGCCUGCAUCGAUGUCUAAUGAAUUUGAAUAUCUGCCCCAUAACGUUCGUUUUUCCAAAUAUGGAAUGUCUAUCCUUAUAUGGUGUUGUUUACAACUUUCGUGCAAACUAAAUUUAGACCGUGCAAACUAAAUUUAGACCGUACAG